UUUGAGCUUCCUUGGUCUUUCCAUCAUUUUGAGCUUGAAUUUGAAUCAUUGCUUGUGGAUAUAAAUUUCAUUGCAUUUUAUGGCUUGGUUUCAUGAUCAUGAUUCAUUCCAUCAUUCAUUUGACAUCCAUUCCCAUCCAUUUCCAGCGCUUAACAUUGACCAUACAUCCCAUUUCCAUAAUCAAUUUCAACAAUAUAACUUUGAUUAUCCACCCUCAUAUCAUGAUCAUUUCCAUCCAAGUCACAAUUAUGAAUUUUUCAAUCCCAUGAGUUUUGAAUCCAAUCUAAGCACUCAUGUUGAGCGUACACCAUCCAUUGACAUUGAGCAUCUAGAAAAAUUAUAUGCACAAAGGGGUAAAUUUUAUUGUGUGCAUUGUGAGGCUAUCUCCCACUUCUAUUAUGAUUGUCCUAUUCUAAAAGGAUAUUGUGAACCACAUAGAGUAGUCCAAGCCUCACAAGAGAGAAAUUACAUGUUUCAAGUUGAAGACACACAAAAAGUUGCUCAUGAAGCUAUUGAGAAUAUAAAUACACCUCAAGCCACUCAAUCUCCAAAAGAGAAGGAGUCAAUCCAACCCUUACUUCAAGAGGUAAUUUCUCCUAUUCCUAUUGAGGUUGAUUCUUCUUCACAUUUGACUUUAUCUAAUGAUGAGCAUAAUGAUUUAAAUGAUGAUGACGUAGAUGAAGAAAUUAUAGUUGAAUCACCUUGGAUGUUUGAGCAUGAAUCAUAUUGUGAAAAAGUAUACCCUUGGGAGAAAAACACUUUGAGUUCACAUGAUAAUUCUCUUGAUUUAAAUUCAAAUAUCAUUGAAAGUGUUGACUCUUCACUUAGCUUGAAUAAAGAAAAUGAAAUGGAUGUUGAUGGUGGCGAUGAUGUAUCUUGUAUGCUUGAAAUUCCAAUUCCUUCUUGUGAUAUUGUUAAUAGUGCACAUGCACUUGUUUCUUCUAACCAUGAUGUGCUUGAGAAAGGUUGUUUACCUUCUUUUGUAGGUGAACAAGGCAAUGUAGCCAAACCAUCUCUUGAUUUCAAAGAGGAACUUGCUCAACUUGAAAAGGCUGUAGCUCCUACUAAGGAUUUGAACAAGGAAUUGAAAAUAACUCAAGAUGACAAGGAGGUUGAAAAUCAAGGAAUUGAUUUUACAAAGCCAAAUAGUAAUGAGAAUAAUAUUGAUUUAAUGCUUGAUGAUUUUGAUGAUGAGUUGGCUUUGUUUCAUAGUACUUGUUCUAAUUUCCUAUUCACUUGUGAUUGUUCACAUGAUUCUCCAUGCCCUAUUUGUUUAGAAAUUAAUUCAUUUGUGCUUGAAAAUAGUAGCAAUCAUUUACUUGAUAAAAUAAUUGAUGAUGUAUGUUUGAGUGAAAUUAAUCAUGAGUGCACUUCUUUAAAACCCAAUAUGCUUGAGGAAGGGUUCUUUGUUGAUUUUAUAGGUCUAAAUGAUGAUAUGGCCAAGAACCCCCAUGUACUUAGAGGAUUUAUCAUUGCAAUGGAAGAGACCUUGGCUAACCAUGAAGAUGAUCAACCACAUAAAGUUAUGAAAGAUUCUACACCAUACAUCUUGGAGCCAUUACAAAUUGAUCUUGAGCCUCCACCUAAGAUGCUUGGAAUGAAGAUGAUAAUGAGUAGCUUCAUGUUACUCCUCAAAGAUGAAAAUUUCAACUUCAAGAGCUUGUGGAGAUUUAAACUAGACAUCCUUUCAUUACCUAUGGAGUUUGGCCUUCACAAGCAAUCACUAGGGUUCUUGAAGAUGAAGAUUGGCUAAGUUUCUUUGUGGAAUCCUAGAGAGAUGAAGAUGGAGGAUGAGUCUUGAGCUUCAAAUUGGCUAAGUUCUUUUGUUUCCUAUCCUCUUCUCUUUUUACUAGAUGGUUAGAUUCCUUAAUCUAGGGUUUAAUCAUCUUAGCUUAUAAAUUCUAAUUUGAAUUUGAUGUUGAUGUAAAGAGAGAGGAUUGUUUCAUUUAAUUUCUUCCUUGGACAGCCAUGACUGAAUUUUGCCACUCUUUGUUUGGCACAUACUCUUGUGUUUUUCAAUUAGUGAAUUUCUUGUGUUAAUAUUGCAUAAUCUUGUGGUGUUAAUGCUUGUGUUGUUGAGUAGCUUGACAUAAUCUUGUGGUUGCUCAAUUUAUGUGUUUGACCAUGGCUGUUGAGAGAGGAUUUUGAGUGAAUCACUUGGCUAAUGUCUUCACCAAUUGGUUAAUUGAACUAGGGACUUUAAUCUAAGACCUAGGGAGGUUAGCUAAUUAGGUUAAUUGGCUUAGGAUAAUUUUCUUAAGUCAUGACAGCUUUAGUCAAGAGGAAAGGGAAGCUAAACUUAGCCUAAUCAUGAGAAGAUAAUGAGUCCAAAAUCAACUAAUCUCUAGGGUUCCAUUAUUGUGAAAAGGGAAGUUCAUUUCACUCACUUUCACUAGCAUUUUAAUUACUUGCAUAUUAGGUAAUUAGUUUAGAUAAUUAGCUAGAUAACUAAAUUCCUACAAACUUUGGUUGAUUUAUUUCACUAGAUAACUUUUAAUUAGACUUAAAACCAUUCCUUGGGAGAU